CUAAAGACCGCCAAAGGGCCAGAGGCCUUGCCGCCGACAUCUAACGAGGCUAGAUUUCAGCAGACCUUCACUUUGCCAUUUUGGUUUCUGGUAUUGCAAAUUCUGGACACCGUCCCCAUCCCAGACUCGCCUAUCGCCGCAGCCGUAGCCGACCGCGCCAUUUACUCUGGUAUUCGCAAUCAUGCUCUCUCCAUCUUGGUCCAUCACAGCCCGGCUGUCGACGCACACUGGCGUUUACGACGAAUCGAAUGAGAUUACUGUACGGAAGAAGAUCUUGUUGGAAGACGAGACACAAGAAACCGAGACAUGGUGCAGCUGAACGGCGCAGUUGAUCAUGCCACGAGCCCUUUCUUUUUCCCAAGGGCUGACUCCCUAGCCGUUGUCCUGGAUCCCACUGCAGUUUCUGCCGAACCACCAGAGGCAGUAGGACCGGUUUUCGAUCAGCAACAUGCCAACGAACCUCUCCUACCGUUCGACCGCCAUGUCCACGAGUCAGUGUAUGGCAAAGACCCUACAGGCACCCCAGAGGCCGAUCCUCCUCCACAACCAGAGUCCUUCCACAAUGCCUACCUCUUUCCUUCCCUUACGCGGAACGAGCGUCUGAGGUUGACCGUGUUGUGGUAUUACACGAGACUGGUCACCCGGAACGACCAGUUGAUGGCCAAGCUCCAGGACAUGAUAACACUUGUGCAGAAGUUCAUGGGGUGGGAAUUCGCAAUUGUGGGCAUUCUCGACGAAGCGGUCUACACUCGACUGGCGACGGCAAAUCUGCCGCUUGGGAAACUGCCCAGACGCGAAAGUACAUGUUCUCACACCAUCAAUCAGACGCCUGGAAGCGUAUUCAGUGUUACCAACAUGGCAGAAGACUGGAGAUUCCAAUCGUCACCUCACGUUAAGAUUGGUGGUCUGCGGAGCUAUGCAGGCACCCAGCUACGCUUGCAAACCAGCGUGGGUGAGGAGGUUGCUUUGGGUUCGCUCUGCAUUGCGUCGAACACGGUGCAAAAGCCCUUGACACCGGAGCAGAAGGUAUCUCUAGUCAGUUUUGCAGCCAUGUUCACGAAUGAACUGGUCACCGCUAUGCGACAGAACCGUCUUGGAGUCAAACAAGAGAUGACCGAGAUGUUGAUGGAGCUGCAAUCCCAGGAGUUCGCACGCCGUGACGACUUCGAGGCAGCUGUGACAGGAUCGUUGAGGACCAUUUAUCCGUCCGCCACCCUCUCCAUCUACCACACUACCGACAAUGUCGUCCGACUCACUGAAGCAUUAACACUGCCUUUCUCAGCUCUACAUGCUGGCCUUUGGGAAGAUACCGCUCUCAUUGACGAGGCCAUCAAAUCGGAAAAUCACUGCCAGCUCGGAUCGACAAAGGUGGUUCGUGCUAUGGCAGGCAAAUGUGGGAGAUUUCAUAUCUUCGUCGUUGUUGCGUCCUCUGAAGUGCGACAUGUCUUCGAUGACUAUGACUUGUGGUUCGUCGAUAGAUGUGCGGAGCUCAUUGGAGACUACCUCCAACAGCAGCGCUAUCAGGAUGCAUUGCGGGCCAAGGAAGCAUUUUUACGUUGCAUUACCCAUCAGUUAAGAACACCUAUUCACGGCGUCCUUACGUCGAGUGAGCUCCUCGCAGAAGAGCUUGCGUCCAGAAACGGUUCGCUUAAAUCCCACAAUGGUGGUCGUGGCGACACAGCCAUGUGCUAUGUAUCGACCAUCCAACGUUCCGGGACUGAACUAAUGUCCACCGUGAACGGCAUUCUCAAGCUCAACAGUUGGGCCCGCCACAAAGCUGAGAACAUCAAGCCUAAGAGCUACGACCUGCGCCAUCUCGAGGCCCAUGUGAUGAGCGACCUAUUUGCGAUCUACCCCGAUUAUCACCAGAAGGAUGUGUCAAUCUGCUUCGAAAUUCAACUUGGCGACCAAGAGAGUGUUGUCACAAUAGAUCCAAUACUUCUAAAAGCCAUGCUACAGCCCUUGGUAAUCAAUGCGAUACAGGCGUGUGCGCACGGCACCGUCAAGGUCACGAUCAAGGCAGAGAAGUCGUCACUCCAACUUGAGGUUAUCGACAAUGGAAGUGGCAUCCCUCUUGAGGACCAAACACGGAUCUUUGAACCGUUCGAGAAGGGAUCCGUACACGCUCGUGGAGCAGGACUAGGCCUUACGUUGGCGCACCAGGACGCACGAUCGCUGGGCGGAUCACUGUCUCUUGUCAAGUCCCGAGAAGGUGUCGGCUCUCAUUUUCGGAUCCUUCUGCCCGGCAUUAGCUUUUCAGCUGGUCCUGCCAUACCGCCGACUGAGAAUGUUACCAAAUCAUUGCCGAAACGAUUCCAUGUCCUGUCUGGGUCGGGGAAAUGCCCCACGCUGCUGUCGCACUUGGUCAGGCAUCUGUUGUCUCGUGGAUUCACCAAAAGUGUUGAGCCACAAGGAUCCUUGAUAAUAAUGGAGAAGCCAACAGACAAUGAGCCCAGCAUGGAAGUGCUGAAAUCUCUUCAGGAGCCUCAUAUGAUUAUAUGCGUUACGUUGGAGGACGUGCCGCCUUCGGGUGUUCUUAGCAACGUCAAGCAUUUACUUCCACAUCACCAGACAUUCGCCGUCUCCGGACCUUUUUACUCCACCCGACUUGACCAAGUGCUUUCCCAAGCAGAUCGGCAAUGGUCCGUUUCAUCUACAGACCCACCCCGCAAGAUGGCCAGUACCGAUACAACCAGCACAAUUCAAUCGACCCAUCCUGAGAAUAUUCCGCUCCAUGAUCUCAGCAUUUCUCCGCCAGCUACGAAGUCCGCUCCAGCUUUGAAGGCUCUCCUUGUUGACGAUAACAGCGUAAACCUCCGGGUUCUGCGCAUGUACUGCGAGAAAAGAGGUAUCCCGUUCCUGUUGGCCACAGAUGGAGAUGCGGCAAUUGAGCAGUUCAAGGCAGCUGCUGUAACUGAGCCAGUUGAUCUUGUACUCAUGGAUCUUGAGAUGCCCCGCUGUGACGGCCUUGGUGCAACUGCAGGCAUUCGAGCAUACGAGAAGGCGAACAGCUUGAAACCGUGCACGGUCUUCAUGGUCACUGGCCAAGACUCUCCUGGCGAUCGUCUGAAUUCAUUCGAGGUUGGUGCGAAUGAAUACUUUGUCAAGCCAGUGAGCUUGAAACAGCUUGAUAAGGAGAUUGCUAGGUAUUUUCCCAAAGCUUGAUGUCUCGGGCGGGCUUGAUCCCGCACCAUUCAAUCUGUUUGCGAGGUGUCUUUCCUGGUUGACCUCCAUGGCCGAUCAGGAGUCGCGUGGCAACUCAUUGGACGGCCAGACACUCUUCUUGCAGAUCAUAGGUAGGUGAUAGGGACUCAUUCAUUGGGGUGAGAGAUCGUCCCUGAUCCCCUGAUCCGCAAUCAUCUACUGAACACGCGAGGCUCAGCAGCCGUACUGCCGGCAUCGCAUGCCGUCGCGAGCAGCAGGAACGUAGCCUACAUUUGUGAUCUGCAAUGAGAGCAUUGAUGGGAAGAACUGUAGAAGUCAGACCGGCAACAGGGGGAUACCUUUUGGAUAUCUUCGACCUACAUAGAUAGAGCACACUGAGAGUGAUAUGAUGGGCAUGAUGGUGUGAUGACAUGAUGAGUGAGAUAUGAGACGUGAGACGUGUCAGCAUACCUGACAGUUUCACUUUCUCAGCACAGCAUACAUAGUAAUUGAUCUGAGAGAUGUAACCUACGCAAGAGGUGACGAGAGAUGACAGUCAGCG